UUUUCUUCGUGCCCCCGAGGCACUUCCGGCCUUGACGGAACUUUGGUGCAGACGGAUGCGCAGCGUGGGGACGCAGGCGCUGAAGGCGGCAGGAGUUGUUUCCGGCCGUGUUGGUGGUCUGUGCUGAGGUCCGCGGCAAAAGGAAAAUGGAGACAAUUCUGGAGCAGCAGCGGCGAUAUCAUGAGGAGAAGGAACGGCUUAUGGACGUUAUGGCCAAAGAGAUGCUCACAAAGAAGUCCACGCUCCGGGACCAGAUUAAUUCUGACCACCGCACUCGGGCUAUGCAAGAUAGGUACAUGGAGGUCAGUGGGAACCUGAGAGAUUUGUAUGACGAUAAGGACGGGUUACGGAAGGAGGAGCUCAAUGCUAUUUCAGGACCCAAUGAGUUUGCUGAGUUCUAUAACAGACUCAAACAAAUAAAGGAAUUCCACCGGAAGCACCCAAAUGAGGUAUGGCCUCAGAAAAUUAUUUCCUCCUAGCCUAUCCAAAGAACAUACUUUUAAAGUAAGGAAAAU